AUGAAAAUUGACACUCCAGUAAUUUACCACAUUAGAGAAUUAACUCCUCGUGAAAAGGAAUUAGUUAAAGCAUCCGUUCCAAUUCUCGAACAAUCAGGCGAAGUAUUGACUUCCAAGUUUUACAAUCAUAUGCUCACUGAUUUUCCAGAGGUUAGGCCUUUCUUCAAUGAAUCUCAUCAAAAGACCUUGAAGCAACCUAAAAUUUUGGCGUUUGCUUUGUUGAAUUACGCUAAGAACAUCGAUGACUUGGCUCCAUUAACAGCAUUCGUAAACCAAAUAGUUGUGAAGCAUGUAGGUUUACAAGUUAAACCAGAGCAUUAUCCUAUUGUUGGUAAAUGUAUUUUAGAUACGAUGAGUGAGUUAUUGGGUCCCGAUAUUGCGACAGAAGAAUUCUUAACUGCUUGGGCAACUGCUUAUGGUAACUUAGCCCAGAUCUUAAUUAAUGCUGAAGCUGAGAAAUAUAGAACAAUGGAAUGGGAUGGCUUUCGUGAUUUCAAAAUUUCACGUAUCGAGAAUGAAUCGAAAGACGUCAAGUCCAUUUAUUUCAAACCUGCAGAUGGGGGGAAAAUUGCUAUGCCAAAGAGAGGGCAAUAUGUUUGCAUUAGAUUCAAGUUACCAAACUCAGAAACAGAGAAGAGUAGGGAAUAUUCUCUUUCGCAAUAUCCAAGCUCCGAUGAAUAUCGUAUUUCUGUUCGUCUAGUUGAGGGUGGUCAGAUUUCCCCUUUUAUACAUAACGGUUUGCAAGUCGGUUCUACUAUCCAUGUUAGCCCUCCAGCGGGCCAGUUCAUAUAUCGUGAAUCUGAUGUUGCUAAGCCAGUGGCCUUAUUCGUUGGAGGUAUUGGUAUUACCCCAUUAGUUUCAAUGACUGAAAAAGCUUUAGAAAGCGGUCGUCAAGUCUACAUGCUCAACUCCAAUAGACAAAUUGAAACAAGGCCUUUUACCCAGUGGUUACAAAGUUUGAAGAAAAAAUAUGGCGAUAAAUUCAAGUUGAUAGAAUUUAUCUCCAAUGAAUCCGAUAAAAGUAUUCAAGCUAUUGAUAAAUUAGAAACUCGUAGACUAGAAACUCAAGAUUUUGAAUUUGUUAAGCCAGAAUUUGAUUAUUAUAUGUUAGGACCUAACCCUUACAUGAAAUUUGUUAAGGAGGAAUUGUUAAGGAGGGGCGUUGAAGAGUCGGAAAUCGCUUCUGAAUUUUUUGGUCCUAUCGAAGUGUAA